AUGCUUGCUACCCUCGCUGUCCGCCGCUCUGUUGCCCGUGCGCCCCGCGCCGCCGCCAUCCCCGUCGCGGCGCGCUUCUACUCGGACAAUGCGUUCAACAAGAAGGAGAAGGCCCACGAAGACCAGUACGCUCGCCAGCACGAGAAGGAGCAAAUCGAGAAGCUGAAGAAGGCCAUUGCCCAGAAGAAGGCUGAGCUUGAUCAACUCCAGAAGGAGCACGAUGAGCUCCAUGGCGAGAAGAAGCAGUGA